AUGAGCUCCAUCCCAGCUCCUCGAAUUCGUCGCACGGCGCAAAACACACAAUUCACAUAUAACCUUUCGCGACGGGUAAACGAUGUUCAAACCUAUCCAGUUUACUCUCCACAAGGAGCGACCAUCCUCAUAUACGGUCACGAAAACGGUGUGACGAUCGCAUGGCGAGGAGGCAAGCGAUUCAAGGCUGCGAAGAAGGCCCCGCCUAAACCCGAAAAGCAGAAUGGAAACACAGACGACUCCAUUAUGAUUAUCGACUCGGACGACGACGAACCACCAGCCAAGUCCAAGACAGCAUCUCAUUACGAAGACAAACCGCAGUUUGAAGAUGAGCUUGAGGAUACUCCCUUUCCGGAGAUCGUCCAGACACUGGACCUGGCGCUUGGAACAGCGGUCUUGAAAGUUGCGGUCAUGCCCAUGACCCCAACACCAGCACAUGAUGCUGCAUGGGGAGGUGCUAAAGUCCUGACGGAAAAGAUGGUAUUCGCUGUGUCUUGCGUAACCAACGACAUCUACGUCAUUACACUUCCUCUUACCCCCCCAUCACCAGAGAGCAAGGCAAGAUCAGAGCUCAGGAGCGAUCUGCUGGCAGGCGAGGCUGGAUCCGGAGCCUGGGGAGAGUCGCUCAUCCUGCUUGGUGGCCAGAACAGACACAGCGAGGGCAUUGCCAUCAACCUCAUCAUGCCCACUGUCACAGAGCGGCCUGGUACAAAACCCAGGGCCGUUGUUGCCUCGCACUGCAGAGAGGCUUCUGGUGUACUCCGGUUAUGGGAUGUACCGCUAGAUGCUAGUGAUAAACCUGCCAGUCCUGUCGAGUCUUUCCAGACCGAGUAUUUGCCCAACCCUCUGACAAGCAUAUCCUUCAACUCUACACAUACGACACAGCUGCUUGCUGUCUCAGCCCUGCAGGGCGUUCGGGUCUACGACUUUGCGCGACCCUCUUUCACCGCCACAGAUGCCACAGGGCCUUUCCCUCUCCAGGGCUCGUGGCUUCUCUCCAUGUAUCAGCCCUUUUCUCGCCCUUCAUCGACAAGGAAACCAAUUAUCGACGCUGCUUGGAUAGUACACGGUCGCGCCAUAUUAGUCCUUCUUGCUGAUGGCGUGUGGGGUAUCUGGGACGUUGAUGGCGCCAGUCCUACUGCACCAGGCGCGGUUCUCUCAAAUAAACUGCAGCCUGGAGUCAAGGGAGCCGCCUUGACGACCUUCAGCGUUUCUGGCUACGUGGAGGGGACAAGCUCACUUAGGAGUGUGACAACCCAGAACAAGGAGCACAGCACUGGAGACUUCGCCCCUAUGACACCGCACACUCGACGACAGGCUACUGCAUCCCUGAGCUCUGCUAUCACACUUGACCGCCUGGCCACUAUCCGAGGUGGCAUCAAAGUGUUGUCUCUGCCAUCAAGUGGUAGUGCCAUUCAAGAUGAGACCGUGGUUCUGUGGAUCGGUGGUCUCGAGCAUGUAUGCGUCAUCCCUGGAGUCACACGCUUCUGGGAUUCUCAACUCCGAAGGGCUGCUGGAACAGGUGGAGAUAUUUUCAGCGGAGCCCAACCGGUCAAGAUGAUCAAGCUCAUGGAUUUGGCAACUGGCCUGCUGGGUGAGAGAUGUUGCGGAGUUGGUCUAUUGAUAGAGCCUGAUCACAGUAUUAUUGCACAAGAUGGUGGCCUCCCUGCCGAUGUUAUUGUUCUCGGCGAGUCCAGGAUUGUUGUUGUUCGAGAAGGAGAGGGCGGACCCGGCAAGAUUGUGGGUGCCGUUGCAAACUCACGAAAACGACGCUUGUUUUCAAAGGGAGAUAAGUCAGACGCUAUCAUCGUGCACGGCAGGGACAACCGACCAGCCAAGUCUUUGUUCAACCUGAGCACUGUCAAGCCGGGUACCUUACGACUUCGAUCUGCCUCUGGAAACUACGAUGAAGACGCAGACACUACUCUGCAGCCACCGCGCCGAACCGUCGGCUUUGACUUUAUGGACACACUCGAAGCAGCAGCAGACGAUACGCAAGACUUUACGAGACGGAACGUGGAGUUUGAGAUGUUGGAUAUCAUGGAGAUCGACAAGACACUGGACAACAUGGAUGGCCAAAGAAGGACAUGA